AUUCUAAUGGUUGAGAGACCUAUGCCCGAAGUGCCUUGUAGAUUCCAGAAGAUUUACAUGUCAUUGGCAGCCAUGAAAAAUGGAUUCAGAGAUGGGUGUAGGCCUAUCAUAGGCCUUGAUGUAUGUUUCUUAAAGGGAGUUUACAAGGGACAGUUAAUGGCAGCUAUUGGAAGGGAUACCAAUGAUAACAUGUAUCCAAUUGCUAUAGCUGUAGUAGAGGCAGAGACUAAGGACAGCUUGACAUGGUUUCUCGAGGCCUUAUUAGCAGAUCUUGGCCCUAGGGGUCCACAUGGGUGGACUUUCAUUUCAGAUAGACAAAAGUGAUUGGUACCAAGCCUACAUGAGGUGUGUCCUCAUGCUGAACAUCGAACAUGUGUGCGGCACUUAUAUGCCAAUUUCAAAGAUGAUGGUCAUAGGGGGGUGUUAUUGAAGGACCUGUUGUGGAGAGCUGCUUCAUCUUACACACAGACUGGAUUUUAUGCUGCAAUUGAGGAGCUCAAGGGACUAAACCCUAAAGCACAUGAGUACCUAGAAAAGGUUGACCCUAUAACCUGGUGUAGAGGAUGGUUCAACACAAGCACAAAGUAUGACCUUCUGCACAACAACUUGGCUGAGUGCUUCAAUAGCUGGAUCCUUAAGUUUCGGGAUAAGACCAUUUUGACAAUGUUGGAAGGAAUCAGGGGCAACUUAAUGAGAAGGUACCAAAGGAAGAGAGAUGCUAUAAGGGCCAUGGAGGGGAAUGUGGGGCCAAAAAUUAAAGAGAAGUUGGAGAUAGAGGAAGAUGAAGCCAGCCAUUGUACACCAAGUUUUGCUAGUGAUGGUUUAUUUGAGGUUGAUUGCAAGGGCAGGAACUAUGUGGUCAAUUUGUAUCAGAGAACAUGUGGGUGUAGAAAAUGGGAUGUCUCUGGCAUCCCAUGUUGUCAUGCCAUCUCGGCAAUAUGGCAUGGUGGAGGUAACCCAGAUGAUUAUUUUAGUCAUUAUUUUGAAAAGGAGAUGUACUUAAAGGCAUAUGCACCCAUCAUUUACCCUGUACCAAGUGAGGAGCAAUGGGUUAGGACAAAUCAACCGAAGAUUGAACCACCUAAGUCAAGAGCAACUAUAGGUAGACCUAAAAAAGUUAGAAAUAGAGGUGCUGAUGAGACAUCAAAUCCAUACUCAGUUAGAAAGGGUGGCAAGAAGAACCAAUGUGGGAUGUGCAAGAAAUAUGGUCACAAUACAAGAACAUGCACUGUUAGGAUGAGACAUGUUGAAAGACAACAACGUAG